AUGGAUACCAUUCGUCAUCCAAUUGAAGCUUCACUGACCAGAACUCGUGGAGCUAUUAUGGAGGACCGUUAUCGGCGUCUCCACCACGAGCAAGCCAUCCAUCAAUACUGGUCAAAACCCCCUACGCAGGCUGUGGCUCUCAAUCGCUUCAAACGGCACUUGCCUGCUAUUCCAAAAAGAAAAGGCAAAGACUCCGCCAAAAAGUCUGAUAAUUUCGAUGUCGCUACGUAUGCUAAGCAUUAUAAGGACAAGUAUGGAUCAGUCUCAGCUCAUUCCACAAGUGCUAUUUAUGGGGCUCUACGAGUACCCCAUUACCAUGCUGUUUAUGGCGUUUCUGACAUGUGGUACGCAUCGGUGAGAAGUCUCAAUAGAGGGUGUCAUCGGGAUGUUGUAUACUCUGCUGAAGCUUAUGAAUGGCGGGAAACCUUGUAUGAAGAUGUUCCUAAAGAAGCUUAUGCUUUACCUCCGAGGGAAAUGAUGCCUCGUCUACCUUGUGGAUGCAUGGGACGAAGAAGACCUUCUAAUGAUGGGCCAUCAUCACGUGGAAAGUCUUCUCGACAUCAUCAUCCUAGAUGUAAAAACUGUACUUCAGCUUUACCUAAAAAUGGAUCUUCCAAUGGUGUUCCCCCUAACGCUAAAAGAACCAUGGUAGUUCCUGAUAAACUGAAGCCUGCCGUAACUUCCGAGAACAGUGACAAUAAGCCUGAAGCAACUAGCAGGAUGUCUGGAUAUAGGAAAUGUAUUCCAGGAGCUUCCAAAUAUAGCUUAGCGUAUAACAAAGGAGCAUCCACCAAAGAGCCUGGUAUGAUAUCCAGAAAAUCUAUUCUGGAAUGUGACGUAACAGCGUAUGAUUUGAUCAAAAAAGUGUCGAAGACGCCAUCUGUUACUGAAAUAGAUGAUAGUGAUGUUGAUGACAACCUCAGUGAUAAUGCAAUUGCUAGAAUGAAUCAAUCUAGGUUGCUCAAAUUUCAAAGUAAAUGCAAGAUUUCUUCGCCUACGAGUGGAACGCCUCGUCAGAUUGCGAAUAAAAAACUUUCAGCUAAAGUUAAAAAGGCACAGAGCGAAAAUUGUAUUUAUAGUGACUCUCAUAGUGUUUUAGUAGGAGGACAACGCAUUUUUACCGAUAAUCAUCGUCCAAAAUCACCGGAUUUAUUAUUUAAUCAUGAUUCAUCAGAAAUUGGACAACAUUAUGCUGAAGAUUCAAAUGGUGCUAGAUGGAGAAGAAUGUCAGCAUCAGAAGAAUCGGUAUGUAUACCGGAUCCUGAUUAUGAUUUUAGUGACGAAAGUGAUGAUGAAACUGUUAUUAAUGCUAGUUGUAUGGAUCCAAAGUUUACUUAUUCUCCUCCUCCAAUUCGAAAAUCCUUUGAUGAUUUACGUCCUAACUUAGGGCAAAACUCUCGUGAACUUUCAAAAUCUAUGUCAUCUUUACUCUCAGAUGAUACCUAUGUUCCCAGUAUUAAUUUAAAUAACUGUGAUCGAUCUUACACACCUGAAAUAGCUGCAGAGCAAUUUGACUGUGAUAAUGAUUUGGUUGGAAGAGCAAACUUUUCCAUAUCCAAUGGCUCCCAUGAGAACUUGUAUGACGACGAAGAUGAUUAUUCACCUUCAACUUCAAAUGGAAAGCAAAUGCAGAGCUUAAAGCAAGAAACUAAAUAUGAAUCUUCCAGUGACUGUAGUAGUAGUGGGGGUACAUUGUCUUCGGAUUAUCCAACGUGGACUUCUUCGUCUUCUAACGAGCUAAAAUCAAUUUUGAAGAAGAAAAAACGACGCGAAAGUGCAAUUUUUGAGCUGGAGGAUACAAACCGUGUAGAACGUGAAAAAUUGGACGCUAAGGAGGCUCAACGAAAGAAACAAGUUCAAUUUCGUCCAGGAUGGGAGAAAUCUAUACGUACUGAUAGUCUUGGUGACGAUGCUUAUGAUAGUGAUACGCGUGAUAUUGAUGAGAAUACGAAUUAUACGGAUUCUAAUAAUAGUACUGUGAUAAAUGAUACUUAUGAAACAAUUGCUGAAGCAUCGAACGAUAGAAAUUGCUCAACUGAGUCCCAAGACAUUUUGAAGACUAAUGAUAUUGAUGAUUUUACCGAUUUUACCGAGACAGCUAAUAAUAGUUCCGACAUUCACAGUGAUGAUGAUUAUUGA